AUGGACAAAAAUAAGGAUCAGUUCAACAAUUUAUCUCCUGACCCUGACCCAGAUAUUGUCAUAAAUGAAGACACCAUGCCACACACCCACUUGAAAGAAUCCUAUAUUUACAAGAGGAACAUGCAUCUGAACAUCUUCAUUGGCCCAACAUGCAAACAGAAGUUUGAGGAGCAGCACCAGCCUGAUUCUGAAGUCUUUAAAAAGAUAUAUCCUUAUACAAGUGAGCCUUCAUCUAAUUUAAAGAAGAGACAUACAAGGAAGAACUGCCUUGUACACAGUGGAGAUCAGCUUAUUUCCAUUGAUAGCAGUAUUCUGAAGCGAUGGGAUCAAGUUGGAAUAUUUGAGAACUUGGUGUCUCACACUCAGCUCAAGAAGGUGCAAAACGCUUUAACAGACCACAAAGAAGUGAAAAACACAGACAGAUCUACAGGAAGGAAGGCUGAGGCAGUGCUGACACGAGUUUUAGGAGGAAAAUCAGCAGAGCCUGUGAAGACUAGACAACAUUCCGCUGAUGGCAUUGUCACCACAGGGAAUGUUUUUGGAGUUCCAGAAUGGAGUAAAAGAAGGAAGCGGAUAAUAAGAAGCUUAGAAAGAAGAACAAGAGGACAGCAUAGACAAAACAAACUCAAAUCUAAGUGUGCUGUCAGAGCUCAAAUUGCCUUAGUGUGCAGUAUUUGUGGUGAACAGUUUAAAAAAUCUGAUAAUCUUGUUAGCCAUUUUCACCAGCAGCAUCAUGGAGAAAAGAAGCCAUUCAAGUGUGUUCAUUGUGACACUAAGUUGUCUAGCAUAAUAAGCCUAACUGUUCACGUGCGAAGGCACACAGGUGAGAAGCCUUUUGUCUGUCAGAUCUGCAAUGCUGCAUUUGCACAGUCAUCGCAUCUUAUAGGGCACAAACUGACACAUUCCGGCUACAAGCCUUACAAAUGUGUCGAGUGUGGGACUUCAUUUUCUUCCUCAAGUCACCUGACUGUGCACAUGAGGUCACAUUCAGGAGUAAGACCAUUCCUGUGCCAUGAAUGUGGAGCUGCAUUCACUGCAUCAGGUCACCUGAAGGUGCAUAUGCGUAAACACACAGGUGAAAGGCCGUUCGUGUGCAGUGAGUGUGGGGCGGCUUUCUCACAGUCAGGUAACCUCAGAGAACAUAAAAAGAAGCAUGAAGACAAGGUAAAUGUUCCUAAAGUGCCCCCAGAACGAAACUUCAUUUGCACACAGUGUGGUGCAACAUUUAUCAGGGCAAAUCACAUGAAAGUGCACAUGAGAAAACACAGUGAUGAAAGACCAUUCAGAUGCAAAGAUUGUGGGAAAGCAUUUUUUGAGUCAAGUUCCCUCAAAUCACACACAAGAAUUCACACAGGAGAGAAGCCAUUUAAGUGUAAUCAGUGUGAUGCAGCUUUUGCAAACUCUUCAAACUUAAAAGUGCAUACACGGAAACACACAGGAGAAAAGCCAUUCAGUUGUGAGAUUUGUGGUGCAACUUUCACUCAGUCCAACAGUGUUCACACUCACAUGCGCAGGAAACACAUGAACUCACUUGCCUAAACAUUUUUUAUUUACACAUUUUCAACAGAAAUGGGUCUGACGCUAAGCUGGGAUUUUCUAAGAACUUCUUUUAAAAAAAGGUUAUUUUUAGUUAAGGAUAUCAGUUAAUAAUAAUAAUAAUAAAUGCAAAAUUUCCAGAGCGCAUACUCACACUUCUAAGGAGCAUGUUCUUAGCGCUUAAGAACA